AUGCCGCACCGCUGCUCCGUUCUAACAGCGGGCUGCAGCAGCAGCAGCGGCAGCAGCAGCAGCAGCAGCCGCUUGACCCACUCGGACUCUGCUGCUGCUUUUGCUGCUGCAAGGAGGGCCGCAACUGCAUGCGCCAGAGGCAGCAAGCGCGGCAGCAGCAGCAGCAGCAGCGCAGCAGGCUGCCGAGAGAUGUUAUCCUCCCUCUCCCUCAUCCACUGCGGCCAGCUUCGCACUCCAGCAGCAGCAGCAAGAGCAGCAGCAGCAAGAGCAGCAACAGCAAGAGCAGCAGCAGCAACUGAAUCUAUUCGACGUGGUUUUUUUCCAGCAGCACGCCGCCGUGCGUGUAGCAGCAGCAACUGCAGCAGCAGCCUCGGCCCUCAGCAGCAGCGGCGGAGGUGGAGGCUGCCUCUAGGAUUGCUGCUGCUUUUUGUUUGUCAUUUUCUGAUUCCAACAGCGGCAGCAGCAGCAGCAGCAGCAACGGGGAGGACCGUUGCUGCUGACGCAGCUCUAGACGCGCCCUCAGCAACUCCCAAAGAAGGGGUGCAGCAGCACUGCAGCAGCAGCAGCAGCAGCAGCAGCAGCAGCAGCAGCAGCGGCAGCAGAGGGUGUGAUGGAUCUUCUCUGGUCUCCCCGGCUUUCUUUGAAGCAAGAGGCCACACAGACGUCGCAAUAGCAGCAGCAACAGCAGCAGCAACAGCAACACAAGCUGCAGCAGAAACUGCAGCAGGAGCAACAGCAGCAGCAGCAACAGCAGCAGCAACAACACCCAUGGCAAUCCCGCCAGAGUCCCCCUCAAGUGAUGCUGCCGUGCAGCAGCAACGACUGCAUCAGCAGCAGCAACACCUCGAGCGGCAGCAGCAGCAGCUCCAGCAGGAACGGCUGCGGCUGCAGCAGCAGGAGCGCGACCAGGAUGAGCAGCGUCAGCAGAUAGCAGAACAGUUGCAGCUGCUGCAGCAACAACAGCAGCAGCAGCAACGGCUGAAUGCUCGCCUUCGGAAGCAGCUUCUGCUGCUGCAGGAGCAGCAGCAACAGCAGCAGCAGUUACUGCAGCAGCACCAGCACACCGACAAACGCAGGCUUGGAGCUGCAGCAGAAGCUUCACCCUCCGGUGCAGCAGCAAGACACAAAGCAGCAAAGGCAUACAAGAGCCAGGUCCUGAACAGAGUUCGUCGCAGCAGGAAGGAGCAGCAGCAGCAGCAGCAACAGCAGCAGCAGCAGCUGAAGCAGUAUUUCCUGCAGCAACUGCUGCUGCAGCAGCCGCAGCAACGCGAUCAGGCUGCGCUGCAGCAUCUCGUUGAUGCUGCUUCUUUCUCUGCUGACGUGACGUCGGACUUGCAGCAGCAGCAACAGCAGCAGCAGCAGCAGCUGUUGCUGCUGCUGCAGCAGCAAGAGGGGGACUCACUUUUUUCCUGCAGCAGCAGACCUCGAGCGCAGCGGCGCAGCAGCAGCGGCGGAUCUGCUGCUGCAGCCUACCCCACGCGAGAGCCUUCUGCUGCAGCAGCAGCAGCGUCUGCUGCUUCUUCUGCUGCAGCAGGCGGGGUUAUAGCUGCGCAGCAGCUGCAGCAGCUGCAGCAGCAGCAGCAGCAGCAGCCAUCCUUCUGUCUCCCCUUUGUGACGAAGUGUAGACCCCGCCACGCCCGCGCGUGCGGUCCGGGUGCUGCUGCUGCUGCUGCUGCUGCAGCCGCUGCUGCUGCACUUGGCAGGAUGCCUGGCUCCAGUGCUGCAGAGGCGCCUCACGUCGCAGUGGGAGCAGCAGCAGCAGCAGCAGCAGCAGCAACAGAACCAGCAGCAAGAGCUGCUGCCUUUGGCGGCUUCUCAUCGCCGCUGGAGGCAACACAGAGUGACACCAGCAGCGGGGGAGAGACAAGCGAGGACUUGCUGCCGUACAGGCAACAGCAGCAGCAGCAGCAGCAGCAGCAACAGCAGCAGCAGCAGCAGCAAUGGGCACGUUAUGGGCAGGAGGAGCCGCUUCACUCUCCUUCUCUGUCUCUUGCUUCUCUCUCUUCAGACACAGACACCGUAGGCAGCAGCAGCAGCAGCAGCAGGGAGCGUUUGGACUACGGCGGCAGCAGCAGCAGGAGCAGCAGCAGCCCAGCAGGGGAUGCAGCAGCAGCAGCAGCAGCAAGGCUGUCCGGGGCUGAGAGCCUCAUCGUGCUGUCUACAACAGGCGACAUCUUUCGUGUCUCUACUGGGGGUGCCUUCCAGUGGCAGGCGCACUUGGGGUCUCCGCUUGCUGCAGCAUACGUCGCCAGCAGCAGCAGCAGCAGCAGCAGCAGCAGCAGCAGCAGCAGCACGACUACCCGCAGCAGCAGCACAAAGGAGAGCAGGAGCAGCAGCAGCAGAGGCGCUGCAAGCAGCAGCAGCAGCAGCAGCAGCAGCAGCAGCAUGGAGACAAUGACCUUCUCAUCGUCUCCUUGCUCUCCUGCUGCUGUUGCUGCUGGAGACAGCAGCGGUGCUGCAAGAUUUUCAAGCUCUCUGCAGCACCCGCCCGCCCCAAGCAUACCGUUGUUUGCUGCGGAGGAUGCAGCAGCAGCAACAGCAGCAGCAGCAGCAACAACAACAGCAACUGCAACAACUGAGGGGUGCAGCGACUGCGUUGUCCUUGGAGGUGCAGACCCCGCCCAGCCAGACAGCAACUUGAUACCCACAGGAAACGCAGCAGCAGCAGCAGCAGCAGCAGCAGCAGAAGCAGCAGCAGCGACUCCUAGUGAAGAGACACCUGGACGCAUGCGGCGGCUUCUCCCAGGCUACGAUGGGCGCCUCUAUUUGGUAGAGCCUGACGGUACAAUGGUGGCGUUGCAAGUGACGGUGCCCCAAGUGGUCAGCCGUUUGCCUUUUCAGGCGCCGCUCUUCCCUGGGGUUUACUUCGUAGGGCGCAAAGACGCUACUGUCAGAGCCCUAGACCUGCUGACAGGGCAGGACAUAAAGGGGGAGCGACUAGAAGCCCUGGGAGACGGGGCGGGUGUAUUAGGAGAGGAGGCAGCAGGAAGGCAGCAGCUGCUGCUGGCGCAGAGCGUGUGGCAGCUGUGGGCUGUUAGUGCGAAGACACACAAAAGACUGUGGGGGCUCUCAUGGGUAGACGUAGCAGGCUUUGGUGGGGACCCCCAGCUGCCUAGACACCCGGAAGACAUGCGGCUUACAGAGACACUGAGAGCUUCUUUAAGAGCAGAGGGCGAGCUGCUGUAUAUGCUGCAGCGAGACCCUGCUGCUGCUGCUGCUGCUGCUGCAGGAGACCCUGCAGCAGCAGCAGCGCCAUUAUUUUUGAAAUUUCCAGCACCCAUUGCUGCUGUCUUUGCUGUCACAUCUCCUCUGCAGCAGCAGCAGCAGCAGCAGCAGCAGCACCCGCAGGACUCCCUCUGGCAGCAGCGGCAGGAUCUGCACGGACCAACUGCCUAUACACUCCAAUUCGUUGCACGGCAGAGAAGGCCCACAGGGCUGCCUCUCCCGCCCGACCCGUGGAGACAGGGAGAGACAGUUGCUGCUGCUGCUGCUGAUGCAGCUACUCCUUUUUACAUUCCCUCUUUGCUACCGGCGCCGCCGCUGCUACCGCCGCUGCAGCAGCAGCAGCAACUGCAGCAGCAGCUGCAGCAACAGCAGCAGCAGCAGUUGGUCUCCGUACACUACAAGUACCUUCAGGAUCUGGCUGGGGCCCCCGUGCUGCAGCGGCCGCUUCACUGGGGCUUCCCGGAGUAUUCAUUAGACUCACCAGCAGCAGCAGCAGCAGCAGCAGCAACAGCGGCAGCAGCAGCAGCAGCAGCAGCGGCAGCAGCAGCAGCAGCAGCAGCAGCAAACCCCUCGGUCCUGGGAAGAGCCCCGCUGCCGCUAGAGGCCCCACCUGGCUGGCGGUCUUCCGUUGAAGGCUCUCCUCAGCAGUGUAGCAACAGCAGCAGCAGCAGCAGCAGCAAUACCGGUCGUGUGCCAGCAGCAGUUGGAGAUAUCGAAGGCGGCACGACUCCUUGGUGGCCUCACGCCCGACAACAGCAGCAGCAGCAGCAACAACAGCAGCAGCAGCAGCGGCUGCCCUUUGAGCAGCUGCCACGACCCUUUAACCCGAUUGUGUCUCCUGUCCUGGGUAUCUUGAGGCGCUGGAUGCAGCGAGUCUUUCAUGCUGAUAUGGGGAAGCAGCAGCAGCAGCAACAGCAGCAGCAGCAGCAGCAACAGCUGCUGCAGCAGCAGCUACAGCACGGACCUUUCUCUGCGCUGCCCCUGCAUCAGCACCCUUUGUGGCGCAAGACACGCCGCAUGCAGCAGCAGCAGCAGCAGCAGCAACCAGCCGAUGGAGCGCAGCAAGAGCAGCAAGACCAGCAACAGCAGCAGCAGCAGCGGGAAGGAGACACGGGCCCCACAGAGACGCCGAGUGGUGGGGUGUCGCUUAUCUGGUUCGGCUCCGUUGUUGCUGCUGUCUCUGCUGCUGUUUGCUCUAGCAGUCAGCUGAGGAGACAGCCGCUGCUGCAGGCCUUUGUGGGGCGUUGGAGACUUAUGCUGCGUUGGAUGCAGCGCAUACUGUCGCAGCAGCAGCAGCAACAACAGCAGCAACAGGCGCAAGCCAGCAACAGCAGCAGCAGCGGCACCUCCCCGUUAUCGCAGCUGGAAGCAGAAGGGGAGGCCCGCUUCCCAGCAACAGCAGCAGCAGCAGCUUCUGCUGCUGCUGCUGUUGCAGAUCUUUCAGGAGAUGCGAUAUGGAGCUGCCAAAGCAGAAGCAGCAGUAGCAGCAGCAAUAGCAGAAGCAGCAGCAGCAGCAGCAGGAGCAGCAAAGCAGUCUCCGAUGCCUCUGAUGAAGAAUGUAACAGACGAAAGGGACACAGAAUGAGUGGGAAGGCCCAGCUGUCUCCUUUAAGUGAAGAGUCUCUACCUACUGCAGCAGCAGCAGCAAAGGCGCGGAGACGGCGCACCACAACGACAAGCAGCAGCAGCAGCAGCAGCAGCAGCAGCAGCAGCAGCGCUGAAGAAGGCCGGAAGCAGCAACAGAAGAAACGUUCAAAGCGCUAUGGAGAGUCUCAUAUAGGGCCCUCCGCUGUCCCUUCCUCAUCAAUGUGGGGGCCUGCAGGGAGGGCUCUGCGGGGCGAGCAGCAGCAGCAGCAGCAGCAGCAGCAGCAGCAGCAGCAGCACCGACGGCUAGAGAGCCCUUUAAGGCGAAGGGGCACUGUUGAUGUUGGCAAGAGCCCCCGUUUGCCUCUGGCGCCUCCGAUGCACCCGUUGAGUGCUGUCUCCUCCCCCGUACCCCCUUUUCGCUCCCCAGGAGCAGCAGGAGCAGCAGCAGCAGCAGCAGCAGCAGCAGCAGCAGCAGGAGCAGCAGCAGGAGGAUCCGGAGUGGGAGCAGCAGCAGGAGGAGACAGUUCGUUGCCGGCUUCUGCGAGACCUCUAGGAGACAGUGCAGAUGAUGUGGGGAGCGCCUGGUGGUGCAGAGCCUUCCCUCCGCGAGGUGUCUCUGCUGCUGCAGGGGCAGCAGGGUUUAGACGUGUGGGGCGCUCAUAUGCAUCUCUAGAGGAGAUCAUGCUUAGUGCUGCAAGACAAAGAAGGGCAUGCGUUCUUGAUGUUGAGUUUGAUCAGACUCUCCCCUUCCCUUUCCAGCAGCAGCAGCAGCAGCAGCAGCAGCAACAGCAGCAGCAGCAGCAGCAGAGGGGAAGCAGCGCACAGAUUCCUUCGCCGGGGGAUAUCAACACCACACCAGACCAACAGCCCAUAGCUCCUGCGGUGUCUCCUGCUGCAGCGUUUGCUGCUGUUGCUCUUCCGGGCUUCUCUCCAGGGGACACCUUACCACAGCCCCUGCUGCCUCCCGCGCAGCAGCAGCAGCAGCAGCAGCAGCAGCAGCAGGAGCAGCAGCAGGAGCAACAGCAGCAGCGAGAGCAGCAGUGCAGCUCCGAAGUUGCAGAUUCAUUUAUAGGGGGUCGUCUGGACACCCCGAGCCAGGAGGAGACAGACGAAGAGACAGACAGCUCUUUGGGGGUUGUCUCCUUGUCUCCACCCGUCUCCCCAGGGAUCCCUGCUCGCUCUGCUCUUCUGAAAUUUUUAGACAAUGGCCGCUUUGCUCGCACCUUCCGCAUUGAAAAACUUGUGGGGAGAGGAGGAUUCGGCAGCGUCUAUGAAGGAUUGUGGAGUGUGUGGGGUGUGGGGUGUCUGGUGUCUGCGCAGGUGCGUCACUUGCUGGAGCCUGGGCAUCCAAUAUAUGCAGUAAAAUUAAUUCGCCUGCAGCUGGCGAGCAGCGAAGACAUUUCUUUAAGAAGAGACUUUAGGGAGGUAGCAGCAAACAGGGACCUCUACUCCAAACACGUCGUCAGGUACUACACGUGGUGGUGUGAGGAGCCGCACUACCUGCCUAUAGCGGAUGGGGAGGGGGGCCCCCAUGCGGGGCAGCAGCACAAGCGGCAGCAGCAGCAGAAGGGAAGAAGGAAGAAGCGGCCUCAAGGUCUUAUGAAAGAAAGACGAAGAAGGAGACAGCUAACAGACAGAGCAGCAGCAUAUGCCCAACUAGCUGCGGUGUCUCCUUCUUGGAGAGACAGAAGAGGCACAGACGAAGGAGAUGCAGUUCUAACAUCAGCACGGAGGGCCUUGAAUGGCGCUGCAGCAGCUUCUCGCCUCUCAGGGUGUCUCUCUGAGGAUGACUAUGGGAUAUCCCGAGCGCGGAAGGCAGCAGCAGCAGCAGCAGCAGCAGGAGCUGCAGCAGCAGCAGCAGCAGCAGGAAUUCCUUUGCAGCGACAAGUAGCUGGAGAUGAGAGCGACACAGAAGAUAACAUCGGCGUCUCCUUUGGAGGGACCCGCGAGUGCUGCAGCCUGGACAGCAGCAACGAGCAUCAGCAUCUGCAGCAGAAGCAGCAGCAGCAGCAGCAGCAGCAGCGGCAGCAGGGCCGCGCGUUGCGCCGCGUCGCUUCAAGUCCUGCGGUUUCUUGCAGCGGUAAGCUGCUGCUGCAACAGGAGGAGCAGCAGCAGCUGCUGCUGCAGCAAGGGCGUUUGCUUCGUCGCCAAGGGAAUUACCUGGAGAGCAGCAGCAGAGAUUUAUUUUCUGCUUUGCGGCUGCCUCCGCUGCUGCGAAGUACGAAGAGACAGUCGAAGACUCUGCAAGCAUCUUUAAGCGAUAUUGAGGGCUUGCUGCCGCAGCAGCACUCUCUAACGGGCUGUGGUUUGCUGCUGCAGAGGCGCAGCUAUACGUUGGAGACUACAGAGACCAGCUGCUGCUGGUUCCCCCGUGCUUCUUCAGGAGACAGCAGAGGAGUAUCUGACCCCCUUGCUGCUGCUCCUGCUGCUGCUCCUGCUGCUGCAUUCCCGAGGUGUCUCCUCCCGUUGCGCAGAAGGAGACACAGCACCAGCGACUGCAGCACGAGAUCUGUUCAGAGGAUUGAAGCAGCUUUAGGCCGCGGCGAUGCAGCAGAUGGAGCUUGGAAACUAAGAAGAAGGAGACGAGCCGCUGCUGCUGCUGCUGCAGCAGCUGCUGCUGCUGCUAGUGGUGGCAGCAGUCACUGGGCGCAGGGGCUCAAGGGAGGGACAGCUGGAGACAGCAGAGGCAAAGGGGGACUCGAUGCCGCGCCGCAGCAGCAGCAGCAGCAAGUGCAGCAGCAGCAGCAACAACAACAGCCGCAGCAGCAGCAGCAGCAGCAGCAGGCAAAGCGUAAGAUAGUGCAGCAGCAGGUAGACGUGUGGAGUGAUGAUGACCUUUGGAGUGCUUACCUCAGCGAUGAUGAAAGAGAGUUAAUUGUUUUUCAAGAAGAAGCUUCAGACGCAGAGGGCAAUCAAAACCAGCAGCAGCAGCAGCAGCAGCAGCAGCAGCAGCAGCAGCAGCAGUUGCAAGUGGCACCUGCACGCGGAAAGGAGCGCAACCAGAACAAGGAAAAGCGAGGUGCUGCAGGGCAGCAGCAGCAGCAGCAGCAGCAGCAGCAGCGGGGGCCUUUAUAUCCUGUCGUUCUUCUUAUUCAAAUGGAGAUGUGCACAGGCCUCACUCUCAGGGCUUGGCUGGACAGGCCGGAGCGUCUUUGUUUUGAAGAAGAAAACGCGUUAGGCCGCUGGCCUCUGUUAGAGUUAGAUUUGUUUAAGCAGUUAAUCAAGGGGAUUAGAGACAUACAUGAGAGGGGUAUAGUGCACAGGGACUUGAAGCCAGAGAAUAUCUUCGUAGACCCGCAGUCUCACGUUUUAAAAAUUGUAGACUUCGGCUUAGCUAAAUUCAUACAAAGAAAAACAGCAACAGAAGCCACUCCCCCCCCUCCUGCUGCAGCAGCAGCAGCAGCAGCAGCAGCUGCUGCUGCUGCUACGGCCGCGGGCGACUCUACUGUCUCCCUGGAGCAGCAGCAGCAGCAGCAGGGGUCAGUCAAAGGCCUCACAAAGCCCGUCUUCUUCGAUAUGUCUUAUAAAGGAGAAGUGAUAGGGACUCCAGCAUAUGCAGCACCAGAAGGAGGGGGGUUAUGCGACGAAAAAGCAGAUAUAUACUCAAGUGCUCUUAUUCUUCUAGAGUUUCUAUGUCCUCGAUUUAAUACUGUCAUGGAGAGAGUUAAAACUCUUGAGGCUUUUAAACGGCUCGCUCAGGUGCUGCGCCGGGUGAAGCAGUUGCUAGCUUCUGCUGCGGAUACAGCAGGAGACAACACGUCUGCUGCAACAGCAGCAGCAGCAGCAGAGAGAGCAACAGCCAGCAGCACUUUCGGGUCUCCUACAAUAAAGAGACAAAACAGCAUAUCGUCUUUUUCUUACUUGCAAGGCCCCGGCAACCCCCUUGACCCUGCUGCUGCUGCUGCUGCUGCUGCUGCAGCACCAACCGCAGCAAGCGCAGAAGUAGCCACAACAGCAGCAACAGCAGCAGGGCCUGCAGCAGCAGAGACGCAGCAGCAAACUCAGGAGACACCUGCGGAAAAACAAUCCCCCACUUUUGCUGUUGCUGCAGCAGCUUCUGCUGCUGCAGCACACUAUGCAAGCGAUGCAGCAGCAGCAACGGCUGCAGCAGAGGCUGCCGCAACGCAGUGUCUCCCCCACUGCAGCAGAAGUAGCUGCUGCUUCUGCCCUACCCAGGAUGAUAUUCUUAGAGAACUGCAGCAGCAGCAGCAGCAGCUGUAG